AUGGUGAGAUUAGAAGAACUCAAAGUGGAGCAGCUCAAACAAGAGCUGGGAAAAAGAAGCCUUCGUACAACCGGUACUAAAGCUGAAUUGAAACAAAGACUGGUCGAACAGCUAGAAAAAGACGGACUGGACCCGUUGAUACUUGAAUUCGAAUAUAAUAUCGAGGGAAAGGAGCAAGCCGACAACUUGUUAGGUGCAGAAAAAGCAGCUACAGCAGGGGAAAAACAUAGCGAAGAAAAAGGCGCAGAUAGUGCAAACGAAACACACGAGCAAUUGGAUGCCAGAAUAAAUGCACAGGAAGAGAAUGCAGACGCCUUCAAAAAGGAAAUGAAAACCUUAAAAAAAAGAAAUGGCUAA